AUGCAAGCAAAGCAAGACGGUCAGGCUGAUGUGUUAACUCAAUUUAUGACUGAAACGAGAUCAUCAAUUCGGAGCUUGGAAACUCAGAUUGGACAAUUGGCUACGCUUAUGGAAAACCGAGCUCAAGGGAACUUGCCAAGCACUACUGAGGUGAAUCCAAAGGGGAAUCCUAAUGAACAGUGUCAGGCGAUUACUUUGAGGAGUGGAACAGUAUAUGAGGGAACAAGUGUGGAAAAGAGAAUCGAGCAGAAACAAGAUCAACAGGGACCCAAUGUUGAGGACAAGAAGACUUAUGAAGAGAAGGUUAAUGAGAUUCCACUAGCAAGAGAAGUGGUACCUCCGGUGUCUAUAGAUCAUCACAGAAAAAUUCCAUAUCCACAGAGACUCCAAAAGAACUGUCUUGACAAACAGUUGGCAAAGUUCUUAGAGGUAUUCAAGAGGCUGCAUAUCAACAUACCCUUUGCGGAAGCAUUAGAACAGAUGCCAAGUUAA